UCCCUUCCCUUACUAUAAUUCACCGAUUUCUCUCACCGAGAGAUUUUUGUUUGUGCACCCUACCCUUCCAAUUUUUAAUGGCUCAUUCUUCCUUCCAAUCACCGAUUUCUGUUCGUUUCAAUUCGGUCGAGCUCAUAUUUUCAAAGCCCUCCCGUCCUCUGAUUCUCAAUCAACCUUGUAGCUCUUUCUGACGAUAAGAGGAGGAGGAGCAAUUACCGAUGGGAAAGCGCAAUUCUCAGCGUAAAAAUGCUGCCAUUUUGGAGAGCGAUGAUGAUAGUAGUAGCGUGAGUUCGUCGGAUCAAAUGUCCGUAUGGGGCACUGAAGAAGUCCAAUUACAUAAAGAUAGUUUACUGGAACAAGCUUUAGAUGCUCUAUAUGAAAAGAGGGGUUCCACAAGAGAGAGAGCUCUGGCAUCAAUUAUUGAUGCUUUUAAUAGCAGCUUGCAGCACGGGUUUCUGGAAAAGAAAUUUGCUACCUUACUGCAUCAGUGUUUGAAUUCCAUUAAACGUGGGUCAUCUAAAGAGAUAUCUUUAGCUUCCCAUGCCAUUGGAUUGUUGGCCUUGACUGUUGGCUCUGGGGAUGAUGCACAUGAAAUUUUAGAAGAUUCGAUAACUCCUUUUUCACGGGCUCUUAAAUCUCGGUCAGAUUCAUCAAAGAUAUCCUCGUUGCUGGAGUGCUUGGCCAUAAUCACUUUUGUUGGUGGAAAUGGCACUGAGGAAACAGAAAGGUCAAUGCAGAUAAUGUGGCAAGUGGUUAAUCCGAAAUUGAGUUCAAAUGUGGUUGUGUUUAAACCCUCGACAGCUGUCAUAUCUGCAGUGGUGUCUGCUUGGUCCUUUCUUUUGACCACCAUGGAUGGAUUUAGUCUAAAUACCAUGCAUUGGCAAGAGUCAAUAUCGUAUUUAUCAAGUCUGUUGGACAAGGAUGAUCGGUCUGUACGCAUUGCUACUGGUGAAGCUCUUGCUCUAAUUUUUGAGAUAGGAAGUGUGGAGAAGUUUUGUGGCGAAGCUAAAGGUUCAAGUGAUGGCUUGACUCAAGAUGGAAUCAAACCUCGGGAAGGGUUUACACAUAUACAAGGAUUAAAGGGGAAAAUCAUAAAUCAAGUUAGAAACCUUUCUGCUGAGGCCGGUGGUAGAGGUUCUGCUAAGAAAGAUCUUAACAGCCAGCGGAAGUUGUUUCGGGAUAUUUUGGAUUUUUUUGAGAAUGGUUAUUGUCCUGAGAUAACAGUGAAGAUUGGUGGAGAAUCAUUACAGACAUCAUCAUGGUCUGAACUGAUACAGUUGAAUUUUUUGAAGCGUUUUCUUGGGGGAGGCUUCAUUAAGCAUAUGAAGGAAAAUGAGUUCCUUCACGAUGUAUUCGGGUUCACACCGAAGAAGUAUUUUCUAGAUGAUGAACAUCGUAUAUCUAGCGCAGAAAAGAGGAUGUAUAGGUCACCGAAUUCAGUUCUCAACAAGGCUAGGACCCAGCUGCUUAACAAGCAGCGAAUGUUAUCUGAGGGUAGAAAUCUUGGCCACUUUGCAGUCAACCUGGGUGAUGAAGAGGUUUAAAAGUCAAAGAUGUUACAACACUUAGUUUUAUUACUUGAUUUAAUCCUAAAUCACAUGCAUGCUACAUGUGUACGCGGUGCAUGGAUCUAAAUGCAUCGGAUUUGUAUACUGUAAGCUUGUAGAAUUAAUAGUUUUCGAACAUUAUUCUUUUGAGGCACUAAUUCAGAUCUCAUACAUAAAGCAAAAUGUUAUUUGGGAUUAUGAAAAA